GGCGCCGCGGGCUCCCCGGCGCGGGCCGUGAGGGCGCCGCGGGCUCCCCGAGGGAAUCCGAACAGCCCCUCUCUUGUCCGUGGCCCGGCUUAAUCCCCGCAGCGGGGCAGGCACGGUCCGGCAGCCAAAUCCCGGUCAGCUGAGGAGCCCAGGCGGGCGCGGGGAGGUGGCGAGCGGAGCUGCGGGCGGCAGGAGGGAGGGAUGGCGCCCCAGAACACGGAAAUCUAAUUCAGCCCAUGCUCAGAAUGGAGCACCAGCCCCUGCUCAGAGGGUCUAGCUCGCCCUGCAAGCUCCCCAGCUGGACGUUGUUCCUGGCUGUUUGUGCUGUUGGAAUUGGAGGCACCUUUCAGUAUGGGUACAAUGUCUCCAUUAUCAAUGCACCCACUCAGGUAAAAGCUCAUCUUUUUGUUCCCUGGGCUCUUUCCUCUCUGAACUCGGCCACAAGACCAAAUGUGCCUUUGCUGUGAUCACAGUGGGAACUGAAGCACUCUUCCUCUCAUGUGAAGGAAUCUUGUUCAUUUCCUGUGGGGUUUCAUGUGCAUUUGUUUGUGAGUACCUCCAGUCAGAACUAUUCUGUGUCAGACAAAAGUGCCAAAUAGGUCACAUAAAUACCUUUAUUAUUAGAAGGAUUUACUGAAUAAGUAAUAUAUUUUUGGUUACUAAAAUCACCCAGAACACUAAGGGUAGAACAGACCAGAACAUUUUCAGUUGGAAGGCACCUACAAUAACUACCUGACCACUUCAGGGCUGACCAAAAGUUAACAGCAAUGUCCAAAAGCCCUUGGAGCAUUGACCACUUGUUUGGGAAGCCUGUUCUUCUGUUUGACCAUCCUUUCUGUAGGAUAUCACCACUAUUUCUCCAAAUGUCAAGUUUAAACCUCCUCUGACACAGCUUUGAGCCAUUCCCAUUCUUUCUAUCACUGGAUAACAGGGAGAAAGUACAGUUACUAUUUACUGGUGUCCAUCACGAGGCAGAUUACUGAAAAAGUCCUUCUUAGGGAAUUAAAAUGUUCCAUCUGUAGUGGCUGAGUAUCUUGUAGGUGUUUUCAUUUGUUACUUGAGCGUUCUUUGCUGUAGCCUCUAGGAUUCUGCAUAUUUUGUGGAUGACUCAAGGAUCUAAGCAAAUGUUCUUGUGGAAGUGAUGGGUAUCAGUUUUUGCUACCAGCUGAUUUAAUUGCUUAGGAAACUGUGAAAAUUGAAUUUGCAACCUUGUAUGCUUUUUACAAAGCUUAAAAGAAGCUGUUUGUGAAAGAACAUGUCAUAUGCUGGGAACAGAGAGCUAGUCCAAGAAGUUUGUUCUUCUGUAAUCUUUGUUUGCAGGCAAAGAGCAAGAGCCUCUGAUUACAGAUACAUGCCAGUUCAAGAGUUUCUAAAGGCAAAUUUUAGAAAACCAAGCAUGUGGAAUAACAGCUUCAAAGUUCUGACACAUGAAUACUGUAAGCAUAUACACAAGUUCUUAAACGAGACCUGGAGUAGUCGUUAUCACAAGGAGCUAAAUCCAGAUUUGCUGACUUUUCUUUGGUCUGUCAUCGCUUCCAUCUUUUCCCUCGGAGGCCUGUGUGGAGCCCUGAUUGGAGGCAGCAUGGCCAUUCGCCUGGGCAGGAAAGGAGCUCUUUUGAUGAAUAAUGUUAUAGCAAUACUAGCCUCCAUUUUAAUGGGGAUCAGUUUUCCUACAGGAUUGUUUGAGUUACUGAUUGCUGGAAGGUUUUUGAUUGGCAUAAAUUCAGGUAUUGGGCUCUGUGUGCAGCCUCUUUAUAUUGGGGAGUUUGCCCCAAAACACCUAAGAGGUGGCUUGGCCAUGGGGACUUCCAUCUUUCUGACUGGGGGAAUUCUGACAGGACAAGUAAUUGGUUUGAGAGAAUUAUUGGGUGGAGAAGAGCAUUGGCCUCUGUUGCUAUCCAGCAGCUGUAUUCCAGCAUUAGCCCAACUGUUAUUCCUUCCAUGGUUUCCUGAAAGUCCCAGAUAUCUUCUUAUUGACAGAGGUGAUGAGCUGAGCUGUGCCAAAGCUUUGAAACGAUUUCAUGGUUCCUCAGAGUAUCGAAGGGAGAUGGAAGACAUCCAGCGGGAAUGCUUUGCCUUAGAUGGGGAGAAACCCAAGAAGCCCUGGCAGCUGUUCAGUGACCGUGCUGUGAGAUGGCAGCUCAUCACUGUCAUCGUGAUGACAAUGGGCCAACAGCUCAGUGGCAUUAAUGCUAUUUAUUUCUAUGCAACUUAUGUUUUUGAACAAGCUGGGAUCGUGGCAGAAAAAAUCCCGUAUGUGACACUUGGCACUGGAGUUUGUGAAUGUCUCACAGCCCUCUCCUGUGGUUUGCUGAUAGACUAUGUGGGAAGAAGAUGCCUUAUCAUUGGGGGUUAUCUCCUCAUGACGCUCUGGUGCACUGUUCUGACCUUCUCUCUGACUUACCAGGAGCUGUACUCCUGGGUGCCUUACAUGAGCAUGAUGUGUGUAUUUGCCUUCAUCUUGAGCUUUGGGCUGGGCCCAGGUGGCAUAACAAACACCCUGACAGCUGAGUUAUUUGUACAGUCCUCACGUCCUGCUGCCUACAUGAUUGCAGGGACUGUGAGCUGGAUUAGUUUCUUCACAGUUGGAAUGCUCUUUCCCUUCAUCGUGAAUGGACUGAAGCAGUAUUGUUUUGUGGUGUUUUUACUGGAGUGCUUCUUUGUUGCUGCUUUCAUCUUCCUCAUAAUUCCUGAGACAAAAAACAAAUCCUUUCUGGAAAUCAAAAAGGAAUUUCACAAGCUUAAUUUUGGAAGAAAUGCCAGGAAAAAGGAAACAGAGCUUUAUGAAAGAAGGCAACUUCAAGAUGAAUUUUUAAAGAUUUCUGCCUAAUUUCACAAAUGCAAUAGAACUUUGGUGAGAAUUAUGAACCUUGUAAUACAUGAUCAAGUGGCUUAUUAAAUCUUCCUGUGUAUUUAGAGGAAGUGUAACUAAAGGCACAUUAGUACUGCUGAAAACACUGUUAAAACGUGUAUUGCUGAAAUACAACUAACAACAUAUUGUAUUAUCCACAGAAAACAUCUUUAGCUGUAACCUGGUGCUGUAGGGAUGCAGAAAUGCCAGGGAGGAUGUUCAGUGAGCCCCUCUGGCAGAUUUCUGCAGGUAAUUCAGCAACUCUUCUUGCAUUUCAAAGCCCUGUCUUCAGUUUGGGUCAUUGGGCGUAUCCAAAUGCUUUGCUGAGUGUAACAUGGUGAGUUCUUCUUAAAACCCACACAAGAACUGAUAGCUGAUAUUUGAAAUAUUCCAGUUUAUGUAGAAAUAGUGGUAUUUAGUUUCUGUUUUUCCAGUUAUGUCACUUUGAAAGCCUUAAAGACAUUCCUCAUCCAGUUCUACUACUGUACUGUGCAAUGAAAGUACAGCACCUCUCUGAUUACUGGUAUUUGGAAUAAAAACUUGUAUCCUGAUAAAAGACUGA